AUGAAGGUUUGGUUGAAGACAAGGAUCAUUUUUAUAUGUCUGGAACUUGUGCAAUUGUCCUCAGCUCUCUUGGACCCAGCUCCGUUUCCAGACGCUCUAAAGCAAUGUUAUGAGUUCCGUUCAUUCAAUAUGACGCCAUCUGAUGAGGUUGCGGUAAACAUUCAAAAUUAUUGUUACCGACAGUACCAAUAUAAACAAAUUGCUGAUGGUAAGAUUUGGUCUCCCCUAAACAUUACCAAGGAAGGCGUUAACUACAUUCAUGGAUUAUUCCGGCAAAUCUUCAAUGAGGCCCGAGAUGUUGCGAGACAUAGUAUGAAAUCAAGGCGCCAUAAACGACAGGCACGAUUUCCAGGACGAUACAGACAGGAAGUACGGAGUCCUGGGGGUGCCUUCAGGCGUUACGCUCGAUGCAUUCUUAGACUUCAAAGAGAGGCCGUGGAACCUCCACAAUCAGGACGUAAUACAUAUCAGACAUUGGCCGUUCUUCACUCUGGACAAGUAUUGGCCACUGCCCAUGGAGGCCCCGCCUUCAUUCCUUGGCACAGAAUUUACCUGCUUCUCUUGGAAACGGCUUGUGGUACCCCCAUCCCCUAUUGGGAUUCCACAGUAGAUCACGAUAUGAUGGACCCCACCAGAUCAAUGAUAUGGAGUGAUAUGUUCUUUGGAAACGGCGAUGGUGAAGUCAUGACUGGGCCGUUCCAAAGCUUAAGAACAAUUCUUGGGGAUUCAAUUAUACGAAAUAUAGGGACAGGUGACAGUUCUCUCUUUACUAAAGAAGGUCUCGCUGCUGUGUUGAGUCGUCGAAGAUACGAGGAAAUAGUGGAACCAAAACAAGGUGCGGAGUACGUUUUCAGCUUGGAAGGCCAUCAUAAUGGUCCUCAUGUGUGGGUAGGAGGGCAUUUAUCACUCACCAACACUGCUGCGUAUGAUCCAAUAUUUUUCAAUCAUCAUGCAUUUAUUGACCACGUUUAUGAAAUAUUCAGACAACAACAACUUCGUUCUGGAAUUAAUCCGAUUAUGGAUUAUCCAACCAUGACCCCUCCUGGACAUGCUGCCAAUGACUUAAUAGAUUUCAGGCCCUACGCUCAACCACUGAGAAAUAUUGAAGGUUUAUCUAGAUUUAUAGCAAAUUUGGUAAGAUACGAGCCCUUACCAACUUGUCAAAAUCGAUGCAAUCGUAGUCCCCAUUUGUUCUGUGACCAAGUAAGAUUUGUUUGCGUGUCCCGUGCUCGUCCGACGUCGAUGAUGCCUGCAGGAGGCGGCUUUGGUAUGGCCAGUCAGCCAGGCCAAGCUCCUGCAAGUCAAGAUGUUCCAACAGAAUCGCGUGUCCGUGCUCAGGCCCGUGGACCUAUACCUGGAGGUGCAAGAUUUCGAUCUUCACCGUUUACAGAUAGCCGUAAUCGUCCCGAUACAAUCGGAAGUGUUCCAGCUUCACCUCAACUUCUCGCUGCAAGUGUUCAAGCAAGAGCUGGAACGACAAGAAGACGGCGUGAUGUAUCUCAGAAACAUCAGAACAAUACAUCCCUUGAUGACAGUUUACGAACAGUCUCUGCCCUCCAACGAUCGUUUACAAAUACUUUUAUGAUCGAUGGAGUAGUAGAUCUUAAACGCUGGGUCUAUGUACCAGUCCGUGUUUUCUACAAUAGAUCUUUAAACAUCGAUGGUAACGACCCUACUCUCCAUCCUAACAUUGCACUUAAAGCCUUACAGAGUUCUUGCCAUGGUGUGAAUUCAGGAGCGUUUAAAGUGUUUGUUACCUCUAAUGGUUUAAACUACGUUGGAACAUAUAAAGAAUUCGUCAUCCUAGACGAAAGACAACCUUUUUCUGUAAUGGAUACCGCCAUUGGGAUAAAGAACCCUGAUUAUGGCGGAGGAGAGGUUUUAUUUACUGCGUACGACUCCUGUGGACGGCCUUGUCGAGCUCUCUGUACGAAAUCACUGGAAGGAAAAACAGUUUACAAGUCCUGUUCAGCAGUUUUUAAGGUAUCAGCUGCCUUGCCUAAAAUGUUCCGGCUUUCUUACCGAGAUGCGCUGUCUAGUAACUGGAAAAUCAGUAAUUUGAUAAAUUCUCAAGACGUAGAUUUAAUUCCUCCUAUUACGUUUGUUUGUGACAACACACAGCUCUGGCCAUGGGAUUAUUAA